GGUUUUGCUGACGCGGCAUCCACUUAGCUCGAGCUAGAUAGAACACACCAAAAUGCUCGUCCUACAGAGCUUCGUUGCGCGCCAAUGGACGCCAUUGCGGUAUGGGAAUGGGCUGCGCGUCGGCGCUCACGAAUUCCAGGCGAGGAGAGGUCGAAAUUCUAGAAUUGGGUCGACUGCGCGAGUGGUUUGGGAUCCCGAGAACCUGUUUGGAGCGCCGCAGACUGGCCACAUUACGCGGCGGAUGAUCCAAAAGAAGCUCAGCAGCGAUGCCGAGCAGGAUGAGAUUGCGAGGCAAGAGACACAGCGCCAAUUGGAUCGACAAAGAGCUGCUCGAGAGGCUCGAGUUGUUCCAGAGAGUGAUGCUGGGCUGAUCGAAUUUUUCCUUGAGACUCAAGCGCAAGAGAUCGAGUUUGAGAUUGCUCGAUGUAGACUCAGAUUAACGGAUUCGUUCCUUUCCUUUUUAAACACGGAGAUAGCUUCCUUGAAGUUUAAAAUCAAUAGAACUCAGGACAUUGAGGAUAGGCUCGUGGAGCUAGAGGCACUCCAAAAAGUUUUAACGGAAGGCAUUGAAGCAUAUGAUAGGCUUGCUACGGAUCUAGUCCAAGCCAAGGAAAGAGUCGCAAGGAUAUUUGCCUCGAAAGACAAGAAAGCCACACUGCUGGAGAUGGUUGCAUCCAACGAGCUAGACCGAUCUCUCCUAGUUCUCCUGGAUCAAAACAUUGUCACUGCAAGAUCUGCUGGACAGAAAGAAGCGGCAGACUUCAUGACAAAGAUCCGCGGUGCUGUGCUCAAGUACAUCACUCUCUAAGCAUAAGAUAACCAACUUAGCUAUUGAAAGUCGUCGAUACAAGAGAACUCUUGCUCCCGUCUUGGUUUUGGUGGCUGAUCCUUGGGUCCACUUCAAGCUUGGCGUAUCGUGACGAUCCCGAUGGCUGGUUUGCGGUCUAAGCUGCUACUAAGCUAUGAAUUAAGAGGGAUCCAAGUGCUGCGUUUGGAGGCGGCGAGCUGAAAAUCCUCAAUCUCAGCUCCAGAUAUCUUUUUCCUUUUUCCCUGGGUUCAAGCGGUGAUGGCUAGCUCUCGGAGAUGGUUGCUUCCAACGAGCUAGACCGAUCCCUGCUGGUUACUCUUUAAGCAUAUGAAUACCAACUUAGCUAUUGAAAGUCGUC